UGCUGGUGCUGAACCACGGCAGGCCGCGGAUGAUGCUGAGGAUGCUGAGGAUGCUGCGGGUGCGGCUGGUGGUGCGGCGGUGGCAAGCCUUGCUGGGGGUGGGGAUGAUGCAUGUCGCGCGGCGGGCGAGCGAGGGUGCGGCUUGCAGAGGCUGCAGUAUGCAACGCUCGCGCGAGGAGACGCUGGCCUGGUCGACUGACUGGCGACGGGCGCGCGCUCAGAGCUGGCCUUGUCCUGUCCGCGAGGCCGGUGCAGCUGCGACGAGGGAUGCUGCGCGGGGAGCGGUGCGGCGCGAGGGAGGAUGGCGACCGGGUUGGAAGGGCGACGGAACGAGAGGCAACUCACCAUUCUCUGCGCGGCGCCUGGAGCCGGCUCUUCCUUAUACCUCCGCUUGACGUCCGGCGCAUGCGACUGCGACAUUGUUAUAAUUACCAGUGUGGUGUCGAGGAACCGGCUGGCGAGGCCCGCGCGUUUUGGACGAGGGUGCCGUCGGGGGUGCAGUAGCGCAGCCUGCGCAAUUUCAGAGCACUGGCACUAGACCAAAGCACACGGGGCAGAGGGCAGAGGCAGCCUAGAGGCGAGCAGUCGGCUGCACAUCAAAUCAAGAGCACGGCGC